UUCCGCUCAAGCAAAGCGCCAAAGAAGCCUUCAAAAACCGGAACCGGAACCGGAACUUUAAAAAGCUAACGCCUGUUGUUCCUUAAUCUUUUGCAACUUUUAAGAUGCGCGGGCUUCAAUUCCUAGAAUUACCCAGCCAAACAUUAGCCUAGGCCUUGGCGACAAAGCGACUUUUCGUCUGAGGGCAUGCGCAUUCUGGCCAGCAAGAUGGUGUCUUUUGUUGGAGGUAGAAUGGCUGUUAGGGUCGCCUACGGGCUGCGCUCCCGCUCCUGCCUCGACGUCCUUUACCGUCGUGGGGGAGCUCGAUUCCUUUGUGUGCCUGCGCCCGCCGGGGGUGUCGAAGAAAGCCACAGAGACCCUUCCUGGGUUGGGACCUGGUAUGAAACGCUCUCUUCGUCGGUACCUGUCGCGACGGUAGAAUCGGGCUUGAUAGCUCUGCAGGCCGCAUCCGGGCUGCCCUGGUGGUCCACAGUGUUGGCAGCUACCGCCAUUCUGCGCACUGGCCUUACCCUUCCUCUCAGCGUCCUCCAGAAGCGCGUCGUCAGCCGCUUAGAAAAACUGCACCCUGAAAUUGAAUAUUUAGCCAAACAGCUCCGUUAUGAAGUUUCAGUUUCUGCAAAGCAAUACGGUUGGUCUGAAAAGGAGGCUAGGGUAUGCUACAGGAGAAAUAUAAAAAGAAUAGUUUCAGAGUUAUAUAUUCGAGAUAAUUGUCACCCUUUCAAGACAACCCUGAUCAUAUGGGUACAGAUUCCAGUAUGGGUCUUUAUUUCCAUAGCUUUGCGUAAUUUAAGCAUUGGCAGAGGAGAUUCUGAAGCAGGGCUUUUAAUUCAACAGCAGUUUUCCACAGGAGGCAUACUCUGGUUUAAGGAUCUCACUUUACCUGACUCAACGUGGAUUUUGCCAAUCACUCUUGGACUUCUCAAUCUACUGAUAGUAGAGAUUUUUAGUUUAAGAAGAACUGAAACAUCACGGUUUUGGAAGUAUGCUACUAACUUUUUUCGAGCACUCUCUGUGCUAAUGAUUCCCAUUGCUUCAAAUGUUCCAUCAAUACUAGCUUUGUACUGGGUAUCUUCUAGCUUCAUAGGCCUUUCACAUAGCCUUCUGCUGCGCUCUCCUGCUUUCUGUAAAUUAUGCCAUCUCCCUCGGACCAAGUUUGAUUCAGAUACUCCAUACAAAGACAUUGUAGCUGCUUUGUACACGAAAUAUUUCCUUAAGUGAAAUAAUAUCUGUAAUUGAACCAAAUGAUUUUUUUUACUAUAAUUAACUUGUAUUAGAAAGCUACCUUUAUUAGAGAAAUUGUAUGUACCCUUCAGACAAUUUGUCAGCAAGUAGGAGACAACAGUCUUAAAAAAUAUUAGCUUUCAAUUCAGUGAUUGUUUUUAAUUUAUAUGGAAUUUCUUAAAUAUUGCAGCUUUUUUUAAAAAAACAUUGUCCUUCUAGGUGAUGUAAUUGUUUUAAUAUUGUUUCUUAAUUAUUUUGGCAGCUUAAAAUACAAGCAUUUUUCAAUAUGCAUAUAAUGUUCAUAAAAUCAUAAACUGAUUUUCAGAUAUUUAAGAAAUGACUUAGGAGAGAGAAAAAACUUGCAUCCUAUCUUUUGUGUCACAUCCUAACCACGACAGAUACUGAUGUGUACAUUCACGCAUAGGGAAAUAUCCAGUUGCCAAACAGAAAAGAACUUUGGGGGUGGAAGUUAACAGUAAAAGUAUCUCCCAUUCAGAGGAUUUAAUUGCAGUUGACCACAUUUCUGUGCAAACAUCUAGAAAACAAGUUUUUUUCAUCCAUAUUAGUCUAGAUGAAGCGGUUAAAUAUAUAUUAAUUAUACUUUUAUAAUGCCUUAUAAUACAUUAUUGUAUUUAAGAAACAUUUACUGAAAUAUUUUAGCAGUAGGGAAGACAUUACAUAAGGGAUGGUAUCUAAAUUUAAAGACAAAUCUUAAACAGCCUUGUUUUCUAGCAAUGCCCAUAACUGACUUGUGACAAUUGCUCAGUGUCUC